AUGUCCGUCUUUGCCCCGGCUCCUCCCCCCAAGUCGGCCCUUGGCCGCUACCGUCUGCUCUCGCCGCUCGCCAGCGUCCGUGUCAGCCCGCUGUGCCUGGGCGGCAUGAACCUUGGCGAAGCCUGGAAGGACUACAUGGGCAGCGUCGACCACAAGACCGCCGAUGAGCUGCUUGACUAUUUCUACGACAAAGGUGGCAACUUUAUCGACACCUCCAACAACUACCAGUGGGCAGAGGAGUCCGAGCAGUGGAUCGGUGAGUGGAUGGAGAAGCGCGGCGUCCGCGACCAGAUGGUCAUUGCCACCAAGUAUACCACCAACUACCGCCAUAUGAAGCCCGACCACAUCCAGGCCAACACCAGCGGCAACAGCACCAAGAGCCUGCGUGUCUCCGUCGAAGCGUCCCUCAAGAAGCUCCGCACCGACUACAUUGACAUCUUGUACGUCCACUGGUGGGACUACGCCACGAGCAUCCCCGAGGUGAUGCAGUCCCUCAACCAGCUGGUCCAGGCCGGCAAAGUCUUGUACCUUGGCGUCUCCGACACGCCCGCUUGGGUCGUCAGCAAGGCCAACGAGUACGCCCGCAACCACGGCCCCCGCCCCUUUAGCGUCUACCAGGGCAUGUGUUCGGCCGCCACGCGCGACUUUGAGCGCGACAUUAUCCCCAUGGCCCGCGACGAGGGCAUGGCUCUGACACCCUGGGGCGCUCUGGGCGGUGGCGCCUUCAAGACGGAGGAGCAGCGCCGCCGCCAGCAAGAGCAGAAGGAGGGCCGCCAGGCGCCCGCCUCGCCCGAGGCCCUUGCUGUCAGCCGCGUCCUUGAGACUGUGGCCAGCCGCCACAACACGGUGAUUACCAGUGUGGCCCUUGCCUAUGUCAUGCAAAAGACGCCUUAUGUCUUCCCCAUUGUGGGCGGCCGCAACGCGGCACAGCUGCAGAGCAACAUUGACGCGUUGUCUCUCGUCCUGACCAAGGAGGACGUCGCCGAGAUCGAGGCGGCGGUGCCCUUCGACUUGGGCUUCCCGCACAACUUCUUAGCGCACACCGCCGCGCGCAACACCUCCACACCCAACCACUACCAGAACACCGGUCUCUUGGCCAUGUCGGCGACAUACGACUAUGUCCCACAGCAGCAGGCCAUCCGUAUUCCAAAGGACAUCACCAAGGCCGAGUAA